ACUGCAAAAUUAAUAUUGUGCAUUAAGUCAUAGUAUCUCACUUGUUAAAACUAUGAACAUGUUAUUAUGUAUACUUAUAAUACACGAAGAAAUCAUAAGUGUGGAAUAAGAUAAUAAUAACAUUUCUGCACUUAAUAGAUGACUUCGCAGUAUUGCAUCUUUAUUAUUAAGCAGUAAUAUAUAACAAGAAAAUUAGUAUCCGUGACAUUUUUGCGACCGGCGUGUGUUCCUGUAACAAAAUGAGCCUGGAAAUAUUAACGGGAAGCAUACUAAAAAUAUUUUUUAUUGUUUGUGUGAUUGGAUCAAACGAGUCAGCCAGAAUAUUAGCAGUGUAUCCAGUGCCUUCCAUAAGUCAUCAAAUAGUGUUUCGUCCAUUAAUGCAAGAAUUAGUGAAACGAGGACACGAAGUAGUGGUGAUUACAGCAGAUCCCGCGUUUCCAAAAGGACAAGCUCCUGAAAAUCUCACUGAAAUAGAUGUCCAUGACUUAUCUUACAAAAUAUGGAACGUUUUUUUAGAGACAGGGAAGGCGCAAUCUAAUAAUAUGAAUCCUCAGCAAAUAAAAAUAUUUUUCGACGUCAUGUUAGACGUUUUUGAAGCGCAAGUUAAGUCAGAGAAUGUCCAAAAACUUAUUCGUAAUAAGGAUAAAAGUUUUGAUUUAUUGUUUGUAGAAGCUUGUAUGAGACCAGCUUUAAGUUUCGCAUACCUUUAUAAGCGUGAUUUGCCGAUAAUAGAAUUCAGUUCAUUAGGUGGUUUAUGUGGAACAUUUGACGAGACCGGAGCCCCAACUAAUUAUCUUGUGUAUCCAUUGCCUUUUCGCCAGAAAGUCUAUAAUUUGUCUUUAUGGGAAAAAAUAACAGAAGUUUAUAAUGACUACCAGAUUGAAAGAGCUUGCAAAGAACAUGAAAAAUCAGAAAAUAAAAUAGUUAAGCGCAUAUUUGGUCCGAAUACACCUGAUCUGAGAGAAUUGAAGAAAAAUGUGCAAUUGAUAUUUUUAAAUGUAAAUCCUAUAUGGGAUUUCAAUAGACCAGUUCCGCCUAACAUAAUAUACUUGGGUGGUAUUCAUCAGAAGCCUGACAGAGAGUUGCCAAUGGAUGUUAAAACCUACCUUGACUCGUCUAAAAACGGCGUUAUAUACAUGAGUUUCGGUACAAAUGCUAGACCAUCGCUAUUACCAGCUGAGAAAUUGAGAAUAUUCACAAAUGUGUUCUCCCAACUGCCGUAUAAUAUUUUAUGGAAAUGGGAUAAAGAGCAAUUACCAAACCGUUCUAAAAACAUAAGGAUUUCAAAAUGGUUACCACAAUCAGACUUAUUAAAGCAUCCUAAAGUGAAACUAUUCAUCACUCAAGGAGGUCUUCAGUCAACUGAUGAAGCUUUGACAGCAGGUGUACCAUUAAUUGUAAUACCAUUUCUUGGAGAUCAAUGGUUCAAUGCCGAACAUUACGUUAAACUAAAUAUUGGGUUACAUCUUGAUUUGGAAACUAUUACUGAGACUGACCUGAAGAAUGCCAUUCUAAACAUUAUUCAGGAUAAGACAUACCGUGAGAACGUAGUCAAACUGAAUAAACUUAUACGCGAUCAACCUCAGUCGCCGUUAGAACGGGCCGUUUGGUGGACGGAAUACGUGCUUCGGCAUGGUGGAGCGACGCAUCUACGAGCCGCAGGCGCGCAUAUGCACUGGACGGAAUAUUACGCAUUAGAUAUUUUAUUAUUGCUUUUGAGUGCGUCUGUAGCACUCUUUAUGGGUAUUUUAUUAGUGAUACGAUAUGUUGUAUCAAAAGUACAAAAUAAAAAUUUAAAAAUUAAGGCGAACAAGAUAAACUAAAAAAUAAUAGUAUAAUUUAUUUUUAUUACGUUAAAAAUUACUCAGGUGUAGUAAAAGUUCUUAGGUAAUAUCUGUACGAUACAAUACAC